GAACACCGUGAAAAAAUUAUAACAUCAUGGAAUGAUGAUAAUGGAACCAUCACAUACCUGAACAAUCGCACGUGGUAUUUCCUCCCCAAAGAAAGCACUGGCAACUUGGAGGAUAAUAUCACUAACUUGAACCCUGUGGCUUUGACUGCUGCUCAUGUGGCAAAGAAGAACAACUCUUUUUCUGAAUUCAUGUUAUAUAUGCUGGAUGGUGCCUUUGAAGAGUUGGGUGUGACCUUGUUUGAUCCAAAGCCUGUUCGUGAGCUACUCUUUGAAGGGUACAAUGACAAAAUCAUUGAUGUAGUUAAAAACUGGACAUUUCUUCAUGACAUUUUCACGAUUCCCUUUGACAAAUUUGGAUGGUUCUACCCCCGCAAUGGAUCGAUUUGGUAUGAUGGAGUGAUCAACAUGAACACAGGGGCAAAGGAUCUAUCAACUUUUGGUGAAAUCCAGCGAUGGAAUUUCUCACCAAAGACAGAUUAUUAUCAGGGAGAAUGUGGAGUUGUGAAUGGCUCUGCUGGGGAAUUAUUCCCUCCAAACAGAGAGAAAGAUUCCAUCACCAUCUUCGUCCCUGACUUCUGCAGGCAACUGGUUUAUAAGGACAACGCAGAGAAGUAUGGAUUGAAAGGCUACCGUUUCUGGGCUGAUGCAAAUUUCUUGGCCAAUGCCAUUAAGAAUCCCAGCAAUUGGUGUUACAGCAGAGAUAACAUCACCUGGCCAAGUGGAGUACUAGAAGUGUCCAAGUGCAAGUUUGGUGCACCUGCCUUUGUCUCCCAUGCACAUUUCCACAUGGCUGACUCUGUCUAUCGAGAAAAUGUCCUCAACCUCAAAGAACCUUCUGAUUCUGACAACUUCUAUCUCACCCUGGAGCCAAUCACAGGUGUCCCACUGGAGGUAUUGGGAAACUUGCAGCUGAAUAUGCAUCUUGAAAACAUUCCUGAAAUCAAGAUAAUGAAGGAUGUCCGGAAUGUAAUGAUGCCCAUGAUGUGGUUCAGUCAGACAGCAGAAAUCACCCCUGAGCUCGCCAAUAGCCUCUUCUGGGUUGCUAUCGCCAAGGAAUACCUCCCUCCGAUCAUGUACUGUCUUCUUGGACUGGGUGUCUUCUUUGUGAUCUUUGCAGUCAUUCUGCUCAUGAUUCAGAGCAGAGACAGAUCAUCAGAGGAACAACUCCUGACCACAGAUGAGGACGAUGAAACUGUCCACCAUUAAAUGAGGAAAGCCUCUCCUGAUGCCAUGAUUAGUCACCUAAGUUCUUUCAGGUUUCCAAGUAAUGUAGGAAGCCUCAGGCCCAACAGCUUAUAACUAUGCCUUGCCAAUUACUUCUCUGUGAACUAAUGAUGGGGAUGUUCAUGUGGGGCAGAUGUAGAGAGAGACACUUGCCAUCAUCUUCAUGUGAUAACAGUUUUGCAAUAACAGACCAGUCAGAAUUUGUGAUCCUGUUUUGACAACUGUGGAAGUCAAAUGGUAGGAUGUAGACUGGUGAAACCAGUGAAACCAGAAGUUGAUGCAUACAACCAAGAUGGGGUUUAAUGAUACCACUAUCACCAAGAGCUGUUGUUCCAAACUUGACUAUACUUCCUGUUGUAUUCCAACAUUCCAACUGAACCUUCACAUGUCAUUUGAUGAGACAGAGGUGCCAUCAUACCUCAUGCUUGUUUUGCAUACACAAGCUUUUACAUGGUCUAAUUGAUCUAAACACUGGGUUUCACCUUUCAAGUUCUACUGUUUGAUAUCUACAGAUACCCAAACAGGUCAUGACUUUUGAAUGGCCUGAUAUUUUGGGAUGACUGAAUCUUCUUGUCACAUUCCAUAUUCCUAUGCCUUUCGUGCAUUUGUAUGCAAAAGUCUCUGUGUGUGCAAGUAGGCAGUAAGGCAGGGACAACUAUUCUGUGUUAUCUGAGCUGGCAGCAUGACAGCAUUGAGUGGAGAUUCUGUGAUCAUUGUUAUUGUGAAUGAUUUCAGUGCACUGUGAUAUAUUCAAUUAUAUUCAGUUUUGCCAUUUUCAGCAUAGUAUAGUUUCUAGCUGAAGCAAUCUGCAUUUCCUCCAGUUGCUUUUGUGGAUCCUUGUCCUUGACAUUUCUCAUGUUUAAAUAUGUUCCUCUUUGCAUUUUGAUACAGAUGUAGAAAAUCAUGAUGCCUUGACUGUGUGCUACUGACAUGAAAGCAUUGACAAGAGUGUUGUUAAGAGUUGUUUGCAGCGAGCUUUUCAUCUUUUCUCUUAUGACAUCUUGUAGAGUGUAACCACAAAGCAGUUUUUUGGGAGUCCUAUUUUGCUCUUGACAUUUCCUUUCUGUCUUGAUACUGUUUGUGCCUUCCUACGAUGUUAAGUUUUUCCUCAUACAAAUUUUUCCCAUAGUCAUAUUGAUGUCCUUUCCAGCUGCUGUGAAACUCAGAUUAUCUGAUGACACAUCACUUGAUAAUAGAAAANGGU